UUCAUCUCCACUUCCUAAUCUUUUCAAUCUAGAAUUCUUUUUUUUUUUUUAUCAAAUUAUUAAAAAUAAAUAAUCUUUUUUACGCUCAAUUUCACAAAAAUUUCUAUCCGCACUAGAAUAGAAGACCAAGAAAAUAAGCUCCAUACCCAACAACAUAUUCAUUCCCAAAAAACACAAAUAAGAAAAAAGGGCGACAGGCGGCCUAAUUUAUAUUACUAUUUCGUUUUCAAGUUGCUUGCAAUUGGCAUGAUGCCAUUAUAAUUUUUUAUAAACGUGGAGAGAGAGAGAGGAUAUAUUUGAAAGAGGGGGGUGGGGGUUGGAAAUGUGAUAAUGAUAUAAACAUUUGGGUUUGGUUUGGUUGAUCGUUUGUUGGGUGCGUUGCUUUUGAAUUAUUUAUUUAUUUAUUUAUUGAUGAUUAGUUCGUCUUCUGUUCUUGCAAUUUGCAAGGAUGCAGCUGGAGUCGCAGGGAACAUCUUUGCUUUUGGGUUGUUUGUAUCACCUAUGCCCACUUUUAGGAGAAUUAUCAGAAACCAGUCAACAGAACAGUUCUCAGGGCUGCCGUAUAUAUAUGCUCUUUUGAAUUGCUUGCUCUGCAUGUGGUACGGCACCCCCCUCAUAUCUUCUGACAAUGUAUUGGUUACAACUGUCAAUUCAAUCGGUGCAGUUUUUCAGAUGAUCUACAUUAUAAUCUUCAUAGUAUAUGCUGAGAAAGUGAAAAAGUUGAGGAUGCUUGGUUUGUUGCUGGCAGUUUUUGUGUUGUUUGCAAUUGUAGUGGCUGGAAGCUUGCAAAUGAUUGACCAUAUGAUGCGGUGGAUCUUUGUUGGAUCACUGAGUGGUGCUUCCCUUGUGUCAAUGUUUGCUUCUCCAUUGUUUAUAAUUAAUUUGGUGAUCCGGACAAAGAGUGUAGAAUUUAUGCCAUUUUAUCUCUCCCUUUCCACCUUCCUAAUGAGCUCAUGUUUCUUUCUAUAUGGACUGUUUAAUUAUGAUCCAUUCAUUUAUGUCCCCAAUGGGAUUGGAACCAUUUUGGGGAUUAUACAAUUGGUGUUGUACUUCUACUAUAGCAACAGAUCAAGAGAGGAUUCCAGAGAACCUUUGAUAGUGUCAUAUGGAUGAGUAGCUAUGAUGACAGGCAAAGGUGAAAGCCGAUGCUGUUUUUGUACAAGAAAUAAGAAGGCAAACUGCUUGAAAUAAAGAACGGUGAAAGUUCCAACUUGAAACUAAAGCCAUUUCUUGAGCCAAUCAACCUGCUUCCUUCCCCCACUGUCUCUCUCUGUCCUUGUGUGUUUGAGCAUCCAUAUACAUAUGUAUGUAUGUAUAUUUGAAUCACCCUGUCUUUUGUUUCCUUUUCUUAUUCUCUUUUCCCCCUAAAUGUGUUUCUAUAUAAAUAUGUGGUUUCAAAAUGUGUAUAAAAAGACCAUCAAAUCAGCAGUACUUCAUAGAUGGCUGAUUGCAAUUGCCAAAGAAAUGUCUAAACCUGUAAAGCCCUUUUUUGAUAUGGCUUUAUCAGCUUGCACUGUUGUUUUCCCUUUUUCCUUCUCAAGUGACUGCUACGUAUAACAUUUUAUUGCA